UGUGCUGCAAUAUGAAGGACACCCUGGACAUCCCAGCCCUGCAGAUGGCUUUGGAACGGAAAGUCUUCGGGCAGCACCUUGCCACCCAGGUGGUUCUGAAAGCGCUGAGCAGCCAUGCCAGAGACAAACAGCCCAGGAAGCCGCUGGUGAUGUCCUUCCAUGGCUGGACGGGCACUGGCAAGUCCUUCAUCAGCAGGAUCAUUGCGCAGAACCUGUACCAGCAUCACCAAGCAAGAAGGAGCUUUGUCCAUCAGUUUAACGCAGUCUUGCAUUUCCCACACGCUGACCAUAUCCAGCAGUACAAGGAGCAGCUUCAGAACUGGAUUCGAGGGAAUGUCAGCGCCUGUCCAAGGUCACUUUUCAUUUUCUCUGAAAUGGAACAGAUGCCCUAUGGUCUGAUUGACUCCAUCAUACCGUACCUCGGCCAUCGCGAGGCUGUCAAUGGCAUCUACUACGGCAAGGCCAUCUUCCUUUUCCUGAAUAAUGCUGGAGGGGACAACAUAACUGAGGUGACACUUGAUCAUUGGAGGAAGCAGAAGGAAAGAGAAGAAAUUCCCCUGAGAGACCUGCAGUCUAUGCUAUCUGCUGAGAUUUUCAAUAACAAGAACAGUGGCUUUUGGAAUAGCAAGUUGAUCCAGAAGAACCUGGUGGACUAUUUCAUCCCUUUCUUGCCCCUGGAAUAUAAACAUGUGAAAGAGUGCAUCCGAGAGGAACUGCGCUACCAAGGCCAUCAAGAAGAUGAAGAUCUUAUCAUAAAGAUUGCCUUAGAAAUGUCCGACUAUCCCAAUGAUGAUAGAAUCUACUCUAGCAAAGGUUGCAAAACUGUGACCUCAAAGGUGAACCUGAAUACCUAAAUGGGCCAAGUAUUCAAGGACAAGGAGGAAAAGAAAUCAAGUCUCUUGAUAUUCAUUAGUAUUGUCCCAGACUGUAAGUUUGUUGGGGCAGGGACCUGACCUGUCACAUAUCUAAACCCUCUUGUACACUUUGACUGGAUAAAGAAGAUAACACUGAAAACUUCCUCAUCUCAGCAUAAUAAACUACAUCC